UGAGACAAUAAUAAAUCAAACAGUUCUGAGAAAUUAGCGCCCCCUCUCAGAAACAAGAGACACAGCUCGGAGCUUCGACAAAGCGUUGAAACUACCUGGCGGAUAUGGAGAAACGCGAUAGCUCGCGUGCUCGUCGUAGCAUUCUGACUUUGUUUGUGGUUCUCAUCCUGGCGAUUUUUGUCAUCCUUGUUACGGUUGUUAUUGCGACUCUGUACCGCGUUACGCUAUUGCAAUCUGAGAGAAUUCAAUCGCUAGAAGUAGUUAUUGUCAAACUGACUACUCGUAUUCACAAGUUGGAGGCAAGUUUCGCCGCCCGGAAGAUAGAUGACAAAUUUUUGGGCGAAACUAACGCGGAGACAGAGGAAAAGACGGAGAAGGAGAAACGUCCGGGUAAUAAGCAAAUGAGCUCCCAUCUUCCUCAAACAAGAGGCAGACGACAAUUUUACGGUUAUGAAGUAAAAAACGACGGUAUUAAAUGUAAAAAAGGCUGCAAAGGCAAGAAAGGAGAAAAGGGCGACCCGGGCCCUCCCGGACCGACUGGGACGAAUGGAACCAAUGGCGGAACAGGUCCCCAGGGCCCACGCGGAGCAAACGGUCUUAAGGGUGACAUGGGACCUAAAGGAGAGCAAGGUCCGCCAGGACCUCCCGGCCCACCUGGAGUAAUGGCAGGAGAAAGCAUCCACCUGGUUGGAAUUGGCGGUAGGAUAAAAGCUAAAAAUCACAUCAUUACCAAGUGGAAAUUGAGCCACAGGUUUGGCAGUAUCGUGUACCAUGAGUCAUCGGGAACCGUGGAAAUUAAAAAAGAAGGUUACUACUUCAUAUACAGCCAAAUGUUUUAUCAUGAUGGCUCUACAAUCCAGAUGGCCCACUCAACUUUCAUCAACGACCGAAAAGUCUUGAGCAGCAUGGCGAGUGUCAUUAACGAAACGAAAAAAUACAACACGAAGUUUCACGGCGGAGUGUUCCUGCUUCGACUCAACGAUACUAUCUCCGUUCGUGUGCCGUACACGAGCCACUAUUACAUGAGAGAGAGAGAAAGUUUCUUUGGGGCAUUUAUGCUCCACCAUGUUGAAAACUAAGGGGGUGGGGAAGGGAAGGGUGUUUGUCCCUCAAUCUACUCUAACUACGCUUUUACAUCGCGAGUUCGUAUUGCGCGUAAUUUUACACUGGUGAUCAGCACUCAUAUGCAAAUGAAAACAAGGUGCCUUAAACUUCAUAGCCGAAGUUCACUGAAGAGGUGGAUCACAAUUGUCUAGUUCAAAGGACAAUACCUGUUACACAAAUGUGCUUAACUUUCGUCGAGCGUCGGCGAACGAGUGUCAAAACAAUUGGGCACUCCUUUUACCAGUCGAGUUUUUGAGUUGUUUUGUAUCAUUGUUGAAUAUUUAGUAGAAAACAUACACCACAGUUUUCUUACAAUUUUAUCCAAGUCGCAGGCAAUAAAUUGCACUACCACGAAGUAUAUUCUGAGUAGAGUUUGAGGCUAUCAGAAUAUUCCACUUACAUAGUGAAAGCCGCUUUACACAUUGUAAAUACAACCUUAUUUGCAAUCUUGAAUUCCUCACAAGGUUUGAGUGCUCAUGUUUGAAGUCCUGCCCACCGAUAUACUCACUGUAAAUACAUUACGGUAAAUAGUGAAUAAAGUCUCUACCUUUUUCUCUUU